AUGAAGUUGUUUGUAUUCUUUUUCCUAUGUUUAUUCGCAUUGGUUAAUACUCAAGAUAAGCCAAGUGCUGAAGAUGUUGAAAAAACUGCGAAAGAUACAAAAGAGCAAUAUGAUAAAGCUGCAGAAGAUACGGAUAGAGCCAUGAAAACCUAUGAAGAAGCAGCAAAAGAAGCUGGCGAUGCUAGAAAGAAAGCGAAUGAAUUGAAGGCUGCUGGAGGAGAUGCUUAUGAAAAAGCAAAACAAGCUGCAGAAAAAGCGGAAGAGAAAAGCAAGGAGGCAAAAGCUGCAGCUGAAGCCGCUUCGCAAAAGGCUGAUGAUUUGAAAUCGAAGUUCGACAGAUUUCGUGGAACUCUUGGACCAAAAGCCGAAGAAAUUUGGAAUGGUCACAAAUAUGUAAGCGGUUCUACUAUUUCCAGUUUUAUUGGAUCAGUGAUUAUUGUUUUUCUGGCAAGAUUUAUUUAA